AUGAGGCUCCUCCAGCUACCCGAGUGCAUCCUGAGCAAGUUCGAGGCCACGGCCACACCCAAAUUCGCGAUAUUAUCGAACGGCCGAGAUAACAUACAUUUAAGAGGCGGGAAACGGGACCCAACCCCAUCGGAUUUACGCGAAUCUCUCACCAAUAGUUGGAUUAUCAAGGCAGCGGACCACUUGGCUCUGCUGGGGAUAUAUCAUGUCUGGGUAGCUGAAGUUUGUAUCGGCUCCGCAGACGAGGAGAGGAACGACGCCGUUAACGGGCUUCUGCAAAGGCUAGAGAAGGCAGAGGUAUGUUUCGUAUAUCUUCAUGAUCUCCCUGUCGGGACAUCAUAUGAUCAAGAUGUCUGGGCAAAGUGCACUUUCUGGAAGCAGGCUCGGGCCCUCCCGGAUUUGAUAAUCCCUUCCCGUGUGGAGUUCUUCGAUCAGGGAUGGACCCCGAGGGGAUCAAGAGGGUCCACGGAACUCGCAUCCCUCAUCUCAGCCAUCACUAAUAUUUCCACCCGAGUGCUACUCGACAGCAGCACGCUCACGGACUUUGGGCUCGGCGUGCGCAUUUCUUGGGCUUCGGGCCGGACGGCAAGCCUCGACGAGGACCUGAUAUAUUACCUCGCCCCAAUCCUGGGUGUUUCUAUGCAAACGCGAUAUGGCGAGGGGCUUGAGCAAGCCUUCCUUAGAUUGCAGAGGAAGCUACUCCGCGACUGUCGAGAUGGAUCCGUGUUUGGAUGGCUGAGCAGCGACGAAAGAGAAGUGCGAGGAAUGUUCUCGAGGUCGCCAGACGAGUUUUCGCACUUCUCCGGACCUCACAAGAAAUAUCAAUGGGAGGGGCCAUGGCCUAUGUCAAGCAAGAUACGGUUCUGCAACAGGGGACUUGAACUACAAGUUCAAACAUACAAGCUGGAUCCAUAUAUUGUGGUUGAUAUUGGCUGCUCCGAGGCCAACCUCUCACAGCUCAAGCACCGUCGGGUCGGUGUUCUCCUACGAAACUGGAGUGGUGUUUACGUUCGAGCCAAACCAGCGGUACAGUCUGUCGUCUUUAGUACCGCUCCCUUUCAGAUGAUCGACGUUGUUCAAGAUCUAGAUGCUCGAACGGCAUCCAAAAUCCGCUACUACUUCGAGUCCAAGGAUAACAGCAGCAGUCUUGUGAGCAUCAGCCAGGUCGAACAACACCUUACUACAACAUUGGCCAUCAGCACCAGCCCCAGAGACGCUCUGGAGGCCGGUAGUAUGACUGGCAUAUCGCCAAAUGAGAAUACCAGAUCCGGCAACGCCACACCGACGUCGGUCCAGCUAAGCCCAGGGGUCAAAAGGGGUCGGUCAGGUCGCCCAAUGUCAUCACCAGGCACCCUCCAAGAGCAGGCUGGGCCGUCUUCAAGAAGCUAUAGGAGGUCACAUUCGGACUCUGAGAGCAACAGUGACUCCGAUUCCAGCAGUGAGUCAGAGUACGACGACUAUGACGAGUACGAAGACGAGGUCAUAGAUCUCGACCCGAACCACCCGCUACUCGCCACUCGCCAGAAUUUGGCCGACUUCGUGUACAGUGAGGGCAAAUCAUGGAUGAGCUCGGCGAUAUACACCACACCGCCUCAGGACAGGCUCCCUCCCAAGAAGCGAUGUAGGACUAUCGAUGACCACUUUGUCUUGGUCAAAUAUGAAGAGGGUGCAGAUGAUAAUAUGAUUGCUCGCCGAUUCGAUGGGUUCUACCACCUGGCGUGCCCUUACUACCUCGCCAAGCCCGAGAAAUACUAUAAAUCUUGCCUUCUUGGCCACUCUCUCCAGUCGAUAGAGGAUGUUAUCGGGCACUUAAUCCAGCACCACAAAGAGCCGCCGUACUGCCCUAUAUGCCGCCGGGAAUUUGAUAGCCCGUGGGUACGUGACCAGCACGUACGUACUAGAACAUGUGCGGUCCAGAACUCGGGCGAGGUAGAUGGAGUCAACGAACGGCAACGACGCAAGCUGCGCAAGCGGGAUCGGGUGCGUCUGGGCGAGGCAACACGUUGGACGCGCGUCUGGAAUACCGUCUUCCCCGGACUUGCGCCACCAGAGUCGCCGUAUCUCCAUGAUGGCGUGGACGUGGCUGUGGCGAUGAUGCGAGACUACUGGGCGACUCGCGGUCCGAAGUUGGCCGAGGAGUACCUGGGUGACGCCACCCAGCUAGACUCACAUGACGUGCAGACUCUGAAUGCCUUCUAUAGGCUGGUUCUGGAUGAUUUGCUGGGAAGGGUGUGGAAUGAUGUUGAUUUUCGGAGUAGUGUUGGUGAAGCAGGCAGCAGCGGGAAUGGUUGA